AUGGCGCCAUUUCUUGGUCUUCGAGGCAAAUCUCUCCGCGCGGCGUUGAUCUGGGGCGUGAUUUUACCAGCAUACAUCUUAUUCGGUUACAACAAUGCCGUGGCAGGUGGUCUUUUAAGCUUGCCCUCAUGGACGGAAACGUUUCCUCGUAUCAACACGGAAACGACAACUGGCGCGGUAAAGGCUGAGAAUUCGAAGGUCCAGGGGACUGUGGUCGCUUUGUAUACACUGGGCUGUUUCUUUGGAUCCUUGGCUUGUCUCAAGCUCGGCGAUCCCUUGGGAAGAAGGCGAACCAUCAUGCUUGGAGCAGCUACUAAUAUUGUCGGAGCGAUUCUGCAAUCGACGUCAUUCUCUCUGCCCCAACUCAUCGUGGGUCGAUUGGUGUCUGGUCUCGGCUUUGGGGCUCUCACUGCUACUGCGCCUAACUGGCAGUCGGAGUGUUCGAGAGCUGAUCAUCGAGGUUCGACUGUGGUUCUCGAAUCGGUAUUUAUCAGCCUUGGGCUCUCUAUCGCUGCGUGGGUGAAUGUUGGCAUGUCCCACACGACUGGUAGUGCCUCCUGGCGUUUCCCGCUCGCAUUGUCGUGUUUGUGGUCCAUUUUCGUGUUGAUCAUGACUCCGCAAUUGCCUGAAUCUCCUCGCUGGCUUCUACAGAAGGGCCGUGAAGGAAAGGCCCGGGAGGUCCUGGCAGCCCUGACCGACACAACAGUGGACUCUGAAGUCGUCAAUGCAGACGUGGCCGAAAUCAAAGAAUCAUUGGAAAUUGCUGGCGAGGGCAGGUUCCGAGACAUCUUUACCAACGGACCCUCGCGCCUUUUCCAUCGCGCUUUUCUGGCUGCUGCGGGACAAAUGUUUCAGCAGAUGUCCGGUAUCAAUGCUUUGGCAUUCUACCAAGCAACCGUCUUCGAGCAAGGUCUGGGCUUCACUGGCAGCGUCUCCAGGAUUCUUGGUGCUGCCGUGUUUACAUGGCAAACAAUAUGCUCACCUAUCGGUGUGCUAACCGUCGAUCGUUUGGGCCGCCGCAAGUUGAUGAUGUUCUCUGCAGCGGGCAUGGGUAUUUGUAUGGCAAUCAUAGCCGGGACAUCAUCGCAGAUCACCAACCGUGCUGCUUCUGGAACAGCCGGAGCUUUCAUCUUCAUGUUCUCACUGUUUUUCCCCACUGGAUUUCUCGGGUUGACGUUCCUGUACGCCUCGGAGAUCGCGCCCUUGAGUGCCCGCGUUCCCAUCACAGCUAUCUCAACGGGCACCGCAUGGUUGUUCAACUUCCUCGUGGCUGAGAUCACUCCGACCGGAUUUGAUUCCUUGGGGUACAAGUACUAUAUUAUCUUUGCGUGCAUCAAUCUUCUUUUGACUCUUCCAAGUGUCUAUUUCUUCUGGCCUGAGACCAGUGGUCGCCAUCUUGAGGAGGUGGAUCGGAUCUUCUUGAACAGCAAAAGUAUUUUCGACACAGUCCGUGUCUCCAAAAACAUGCCUCCUCAUGAUCAGAUGGACUCGGCCACGAAGGAAAAGAAUGAGACUGCGGAGAUUGAAAAUGUGGAGAAGGCAGCAUGA